ACUAUCUUAUCCUCCUACACAUGGAUGACCAUAUAAGCACGAACAAUAAACCCUUGCCUACACAGCCCACUUGUCUUCUGAUUCUCUCCCUUAACACUCCACCAACCCCCACUAUCCCUGAUAUACUGCACCAUGGACGCUACCACAGCAGAAACAUCCCUAACAUUCCUGUUCACACUCUCUAGCUCUUAUCUCUUCUUUAGGAAAACUGUCAAGAGGGCUAAAUAUCAUGGUCUCGGACAACGCAACCGGUGGAAGGAACGAUAGACGACGUUUGCG